AUGGCUAACGUCAGAAGUGUGCCCUGUUGGCAGGGUCAUCUAUUCCGACAUCACGGGAUCAUCCGUUUCUUCAACUCGAACUCUGUUCCCAAAACUUCUGGCUUUCCUCCUGAAAUCACCGCACAAAUACUUGGGCAUUUGACUACCGAAGACCUCAAAAUCUGUCGCUUGACUUGCAAAAAUCUUGACGUUCUGGCGUUUCCUUUCGUAUACAGCACCGUCCACGUACACCUCAACAGCAUCGAUCGCUAUCAGCGAAAUCUCUCCGUUCUUAAAGUCAUUAUAGCGCCUGAAACUGAUGGCCGACAUUUAUCCAUCGGGAAACACGUCAAGCAGCUCUGGAUACACUCACAUCCUGACAACGCUGGUAGACCCAAGCACCAAGCAUUUUGGAAUGGCAUAAUCAAGUCUCAGCGCCGCCUUGAGGAGCGGAUUUACGCAUCACUUCCUUUCAUGGUGGCCUUGAAGAAGAUCACCUGGGACGUCACCCAUCCUAUCCCUCGACGCUUCAUUGGCACUGUUAUGCGUCUAGCUCCCCAUAAACCAAUGCCUGUUGACCUGAAAUGCCAUUGGAAGUGUCUUUCUCUCUUCACAGACAUGACGCAUAUUCAUAGCAUUCUUCUUGACUGCUAUACCUCCGCGGGGCUGGAUUUACUACCAGACGUCAUUGCAAGAAACCCCAAGUUGAAAAUCCUUCGUAUUCAUAUGUACAGUCCUCAAACCAGCGCCCAAGCCAACAUGCAAGGCACUUUAUCGCUCUCUAUUCUAUUCGCCAAAAUUCCGCCAGGAACGGUCACUCAUUUUGAGCAGCUUUCUGUCGGGGGCCUCCGUUUAGGUCCAAAAUUGCCGCUUGCGCGCCUGCGACAUCUCAAGGCCCUGAACCUCAAUUUUUCUGAUGAGAAGAUUCCUAGGGACCUGUGGGACUUCUUGCGUGGAGAGGGUAUCCGUCUGACGGAGCUGUGCGUGUGUUCCACGAGUUGUGCUUUGUUGGAUUAUCUCGGCUCUUAUGAGGGCUUGGAGCGGUUAAAAAUUCAUACGAACGAUAAGGAUGCACAUGCGGAGCAAUUCUAUCAUGACGUCCUUCCAAAGCAUGCGAGAACCAUCGAGGAGCUGUGGGUUCAUCCAAAGCGGUGUGCUGGACCCGUCUGGGGUCUAGACAAAUACGUGCUGGACCAACUGUGUCGAUGUCGUAACCUAACUGAGCUUCAUAUUCCAGUUGGUCUGCAGGGGGUGAGUGCCGCGGACGAUGAUGAUGUCGUGACGCGUAUGCUUAAUAUACUAUCAUCACUUCAAUGGCCAGACCUUUAUAUCCUACGGUUUUUCUCUACCAUGGAUAUUCCGGCGGGCGCCAGCUUCACGCAAGUCUGUAAUCGUAUCGCGACAGUGCGCUUCACGGCCUCCGUGAAAUCUACAGAGAUACCCGGUCCCGCAAGGCUCAGUCGUCUUCUCGUCUGCGUGGACAGUCAUGCAUACAAACUAGUUUGUACCGUAGAUGAACACUCGAGGUAUGUCUGGAGGUUCCGAAUGGUCCAGUAUUUGGAUAAGUCCGAUACACUUGGGAAAGUAUUACAAGGUCGUCCUGCCAGGGACCUUCCAUUUUUCUAUGCUACUCGCCUUUACAGGGAAGAUGAUGAUGAGUAA